UCAUGUGGUGAUGGAGAAACGGCCUCUACAUCAAAACAGCGACUGACAGCACAAACUCUUUCCUGCAUCACCUGUGGAAAGACAUUCAGUUCACAGAGACGUUUAGAGACACAUGAGAGAAAACACACAGAACAGAAACUCUUCACCUGCACCAGAUGUGACAUCAGCUUUCCUACCUUACAAGAGAAGAAACUUCAUUCACAAGAGCACAGAGACAAGAAACACUUUCCCUGUCAGCAGUGUGGGAAGAAUUGUGUCUCGUUUUAUAAGCUGAAAGAUCACAUGAGGACACACACUGGAGAAAAACCUUUCCACUGCAGUGAAUGUGACAAAUAUUUCACCACCAAAGGAAGUCUUGUUCUGCAUCAGAGAGUUCACACGGGAGAAAAACCGUUCGAGUGUCCUCACUGUGGGUGGAGAUUCAGCCAAAAAACUAAUCUUAAGAAACAUUUGCGUGUACACAACAGUGACAGACCGUAUCAGUGCAGUGAACCUGCAAGAUAUUCAAAGUCACAUCAAAGAACACAGAAGAAAGUCUUUCAGUGUUCACACUGUGAUAGAUGUUUCCGUCAGAGAUCUAAGCUGACCACUCAUGAGAGAUCUCACACUGGAGAGAAACCUUAUCACUGCUCUCACUGUGGAAUGAGAUUUUCCGAUCCAAAUACUUUUAAACGUCAUCAGAGAAUUCACACUGGAAAAAACCGUUAUCACUGCAGUGUUUGUGGAAAGAAUUUUUAUCGUCAGGAUAAUUUUACAAUACACCAGAGAAUUCAUACAGGUGAAAGACCCUUCAAAUGUUCUCAGUGUGACAAGACGUUUUCUCGACCAGAUGUUCUGAAAUGCCAUCAGAGAGUUCACACUGGAGAGAAACCUUAUCACUGCUCCAUCUGUGGUGAGAGAUUCGCUCACAUUAGAAGUUUUAAAACUCACCAGAAGAAACAUGCUGAAGAACAAACUGCACUGGAAUCACCAUAGUUGCGUCUCAGUGUCUAUGACCGAGCCAUAAUUGUGUUUAAAAGUAUGGUCUGUCUGUGGAACUUCAAUUUAAAUCGUUUGGAAGUCAGUUUAAUUUAGUCUCCGCAGGGAUGUGAUCUUCAGUAUAAAUACGGAUUUUUGAAUACUACAGAUUGGUGGUGGGGGUUUUGGGAUGUGCGCGUGAUAAUCAUAUAGCUGGCCAACAGGAUCCUCUCUACAUAAAUGCAGAGCGACCGCUUCAUUCAGAAGAACAUCAUUUUGUUUCCAGAGAGUCCAAACAGACUAAAAGAAGCCAAACAGCUGUUUCGGUACUCAAAAAUUUUACAUAAGUGGGAAACUGAAUAGUGUUUUGUAACGUUUACAGAAACUCCCAAGUCUGGAUGUUGAUACGUCUAUAUGAUGUGAUUUAACAUUAAAACAUUAUCUACAUACAGAGACUUAAAUAGGCCAUUCCGUGAUUUGAUAGCUUGAAACUAUACAAAUGGCCGAUCACUAGUCACUGUAAGAUAAACGCCUUGAAGUCUCUAAUGUAAGAAUACAUUUAUAAUAACUAAGACCGCAACAUGCAUCAUUUGCAAAACCUGCGGAUUAUUUCAGGAACAACGCUGAAUUAAUGACGUAGAUGCGUCCGCUAGUGGCUGUGUAUGGAAAUCUCUUGAGGCCAAAAAAUUCUUUACUUUCCUGGCUCAAUUAUUGUUAAAUGAAUAUUUCUGAUUACAAUAAAAUGUAAAGUAGGCCUAGUAGAAAUUACUCAAGGGCCAUUUGUUAAUGCCAUCUUAUUGAAUUUAGCAUAAGAUAUUUGGACAAACCAUCAUCAACCUAUUUUAUUAAAUAUUGUUUAGGUGACUGUUAAACUAAUACAAAUUUAAACUGAUAUUUCCAAAAUUGGCCUACAGACAUGGGAAGUUAUAAUAGUUUGUUUUUGCGUUGCUAAGUGAAAAAUAUAUAUUUUUGGCAAAAAGUUUCCUGUUUUAAUCAUGUAGCAUUUAAGACUAUUUUUGGGUGAGGAUUGGGUGUAUGCGGUCUUCCUUCUUUUUGGUCCUGGCUGAUCAUAUGCCUGAACAGUCUUUAUUUUGUCCUGAAUAGGUGGUUUCAGCGGCGACAACAAAAAAAUCAUUAUGUGGCCCAAACUUAACUUCCAGUAGACCUCCACAAAGAAACUGUUGAGUAAUUAAAUGUAAUACAAUAGCAUAUAAAAUAAAUAUGAAAUAAGUUAACUUUGGGCCACCACGUGCGUCAGAUGAAACCUUCUGGAAAUGUAAAUAAACCUGUGUUUGUUUGUUUGUUUGUUUGAUGUCUGAUAUUGAACAUCUUGCUUAUGUGACAAUUUGUAGUUCAUGAUUGACACGUGCAGCAGAUAUUGUUCGGAGCAUAAUGAUUCACCAGGAGUUAAACUGUAUUUUUUAUUUGUUUUCAGUUUUUACUUAUAAUGUGAAAAAUCUCUAAACUCUCUAUAAAAUAAUGAAUAUCACUCAAGUGCUCUGUUGGAGUAUGUCAGGUUCAGUUUUGCAUAUUUCUUGUGGAAAUGCAAAUGUUUACAAUACAUAUCCAAUAAUCACUUGUAAAUGCCUUUAACUACAAAGACGAACAAGGUAUCAUCUGAAAUAAAUGAUUAAAAAUCUUC